UCACUAUUAUCGAAAACAUUGCAGGCUGCAGCAGCAGAAAGAAGAAGGGUCUGGGUCUAGAAAUACGCAGAAUAAACCUUUCAAAUUGACACCAAUUUAUACAAAAACGAUAGGAAAGGCAUGGCAGCUAUUACAGCAGAGGGGUUGACAUGUAAGCUGAAAGAAAAUCUCCAAGCUUCACACAUUGAGGUGGUUGAUGAGUCGAGUGGGUGUGGAGCCAAGUUCAAUGUUGUCAUCGUAUCAGAUGUCUUCACUGGUAAACCACUACUACAGAGACACAGAAUGGUAAACGAUUGUAUAGCAGAAGAAAUGAAGACCAUCCACGCAUUCUCAAUGAAGACAUUAACGCCAGAGCAGUGGGAGAAACAACAGAGUAAAUGACACCGAGAACGAGGUCAAUAACCUCUCGUUAUGAAUGAGCAAAGGAAACAAUUAUUUGGACAUGACUGUGAUGCGGUGCUAGAGUCGUCUGAGACUGUUGGAAGUUUGUUGGGCUGGAAAUGUCUAUGGAUCAUCAGCCUGAUUGCCAAUUCCUGUGCUGGACUUUUUAACUCACAUCUGAACAGGUGAUCUGCAGGUUUUGGUGGGUUUUAUUUUUCAAUGCACUGCAAACUAAGCACUGCAAUUUUGAUUUGACAUCAAGAAAUGUUCAUAUCAUUCCACUUCAUCAUCAUCAUCCCCUUCCACCACAACCACAGCACCCCUAGCACCACGGAUAUACAUGUAUGUCUUCCACUUUGAGGUCUGCUAAGACCAGGGCCAAAUUUCAUGGCACUACAAAUCGGCUCUUACAUUUAAAGCAUAACAUUCAACGCUUACAUCAAUAGUAUUUUACGGGAAUAGCAGGGAAUUUUGUAUUGGGUGGGUGUGUACUCCACGCUACUACAUGGACUAGGACAUUCUUGGCUUUUACAGCUAGUGCUGUUUCAAUUCAGCAUGCUUUCCAGCCAAAUCACAAAGGGUUGAACAAUCCUAGGGAGAACCCAUGUGGUCCAUAUAUGGGUAUAAUAGAAUUGAAGCAUAAUUUUAUAUUAUUGUCUGGUAUUGUAGGCCUUCUGACUUGUUUGGCGCUUGCACAGUAAGCCGAAAAUGGUGAUCGUGAGCACCUAAUGUAUUAACUAAAACAAGAAAGACUCGUGGGUCAAACGGCAGGCCAUUAAGGGCAGUGGACACUAUUGGUAAUUACUCAAAAUAAUUAUUAGCAUAAAACCUUACUUGGUAACCAGUAAU